AUGAGUAUAUCCCAGCGGCGUCGGAGUUCAGUCACUCGUGAGGUUAUCAACGCCAAUGCCCCUCUAAUCUUGAGGCAAAUGGACCUCGGGAAGGUGGCCCAGGCGGUCAGUGAGGUGGAAGGGAUGCUGACCCCAGACCAGGUAAACCGCCUGUAUCAGAGGUUCACUCCGGAGGAAGAGAGGAAGGCCCAGCUCCUGGAGUGGGUCUGUCAGAAGGGAGACCAGAGACGUGAUCAGUUCCUGAAGUGUCUGUGUGAGACUGGUCAUGAGGAGCUUGCCAGUCAACUGCAGGAGCAGUUCGACAGCCAAUUGCAACAGCAGUAA